UUUGCAUUCACAUAGCGAAGGCGCGUAAAGCAGAAAAGUUUAAUAAAGAAAAACAUACGACAAAAUAAUUUGCCCGUCAUAUAGCAUAGGAAUUACUAAGGUACCGGAAGAAUUAAAUCUGGGUGUAUAAUUCCCGAAAAAAAGCAAGAGCAAGCUUUGCCUUCUAUGCCAGUGUGUGUAAAGGCAGCUGUGACAAGCAAAGAUUCGCACUCGAAACUUCUAUUUAACAUUGGUCAACUAACAUAAACGGUUCAUUUUCAUUUUAAACUAAGCAUUGAAAUCAUUGAAUUAUUAACUGAAAGUGAUAUAAAUUUGUUCUGUGAUUUUGUGUAAAGACAUCAACUGCAACCCGAAGAACAAAAAUGGUGAAAUUAAUUGCGAGUAUUGCAAGUCUGCUGGUCGUUCUGGCUCUGGCCAACGUGGCUCAGGCUGAUAGUCUAAAAUCUAGUCAGUUCAGUGUUGUGCAGGAGUUGAAGAUUCAAAAGAACGAUGAAAUCAAGGUGACGAAUAAAUUGCAAGACGAUGAUCUAUUAACUUGCAACAUCAAGUCGAAUGCCGCCUUCAGCGGAUGGCCCGACAUGAAGGCGCCUUGCAUUAACAGCAUGCGCAAGCAGAUCCAAAAGGAAAUCUUCGCCUCCACCCAAUACCUGGCCAUGGCUGCCCAUUUCGCCACCGACACCGUCAAUCGUCCCGGAUUCGCCGAGCACUUUAUCAAGGCCGCCAAGGAAGAGCGUGAGCAUGGAGCCAAGCUGGUUGAAUAUCUGUCGAUGCGUGGUCAACUGACCGACACCGUGAACAACCUUAUCAAAGUGCCGACUGUUGAUGUGAGCAAAUGGACUGGUCUGUCUGCUCUGGAGGCGGCCUUCAAGCUGGAAACCGAGGUGACCAACUCCAUUCGCGCUCUUAUCAAGACCUGCGAGGGCACCGCCAAGAAUGGUGAAGAUAACGAUUACCAUCUGGUCGAUUAUCUGACUGGCGUCUAUCUGGAGGAGCAGCUGACUGGCCAACGCGACCUGGCUGGCAAGAUCACCACAUUGGAGAAGAUGAUGGAUUCGCACGGCGAGCUUGGCGAAUUCCUGUUCGACAAGAACUUGUAAGGGAAAUCAACCCUCAACUCAAUCACUAGCAAGCUAUUCAUAGUUUUAACUGUGCUCUUUCAAAAAAAAAAAACAACAACAAAUAAAACUAUUAUUUAAAAUUUACUGUAA